GCAUUUGAAACUGAAGCAUAAUAAGUGAGCAAAUAAUUAUGUUUGAUUAGUCAUAACAAUAUAAUUUUGAAUUGGUUUGAAAAGAAAAUAAUGUAAAGUAGAGUUGGACAUGUACAUUAGUGAGGGGAAAGAGUACAAGAAGAAGAGGACGAUGAAAAGGAGAAACAAUUUGGUGGUAGCCAACAAAAGCAUUUUUAGGCAGCUGUAAACACUGAGGAGUUGGGGGGAUUCUUGUUCAUUUCACAUGCUUUCGUAAAGGUGAGGCGGCGUAUCACCUUACUGAUGCGGGAGUUCAGUGCACUGAAUGCUGUGAAAUCAAAUGGUCUCUUCAGAUAGCAGCUCACUCUCUCCUCUUCGUUCUUCUCCUAGAUUCUGCAAUUCCUUUGCUAACCGUAUAUUUUCAGAUGUUGCCGGGGACAUUACAUUAGUUGUUGAUGGAGAUUCCUAUCUGCUGCAUAAGUUUCCCCUGGUAUCUCGGAGUGGUAAAAUAAGAAAAAUGGCAGGAAAUUUAAAGGAUCAUGGUCUCUCUAAGUUGGAGCUUACCAAUUUCCCAGGUGGUUCGGAGACGUUUGAGCUUAUAAUUAAAUACUGUUAUGGCAUGAACUUUGAGAUCACCACUGCAAAUGUAGCUUCUCUACGAUGUGCUUCAGAAUACCUAGAAAUGAGUGAGGCUUAUUAUGAAGAAAACCUAAUAGCACGCACUGAAAUCUAUCUGAAUGAAGUAGUGUGUCAGAGUCUAGAAAACUCGUUGGAAGCACUAUCAGCUUGUGAGUUGCUACUUCCUACAGCAGAGGAGGUGGGAAUCACCAAGAAAUGUGUAGAUGCUAUAUCUCGGAAUGCUUGCAAGGAGCAAUUAGCAUCAGGCCUAUCACGUUUACAAUUUGAUGGUGAUUCUACAGAGCUUAAGGAUAAGUGUCUUGAGUGGUGGAUUGAAGAUCUAUCAAUACUGAGUAUUAACUUUUACCGACGAGUGAUCUCUGCUAUGGCAAACUGUGGUGUCCGUGUAGAUAGCAUCACUGCAUCUCUGAUGCACUAUGCACAAUCAUCUUUGAAGGGCAUUGGUAAACAACAGAUUUGGAAUCCAGCUAGACCAGAUAAUGGCUCGAUGAUAGUCUGUCAGAGAGUGAUUGUGGAAACUCUUGUCAGUUUACUACCAACAGAGAAGAGCUGUCUUAUUCCGUUAAAUUUUCUAUUCGGGAUGUUAAGAAUGGCAAUAAUGGUUGAUGCAGACCUUGCCAGCAGGCUUGAGCUUGAAAGAAGGAUUGCAUUACGUAUGGAUCUGGUUUCACUUGAUGAUCUGCUUAUACCAAGUGCGCAAACUGGUGAUUCUUUAUUUGAUGUUGAAACUGUUCAUCGAAUACUGGUACAUUUCCUGCAAUGCGUUAAUGAAGAGGAGAAUGAUGAUUGUGGGUAUGAAUCAGAAGGGAUUGGUUCACCUAGUCAUGGCUCCGUCCUGAAGGUUGGACGACUUAUUGAUGCAUAUCUAGCAGAAAUUGCCCCUGACCCUUAUCUCUGUCUAACAAAAUUCAUCGAUAUCAUUGAAGUUCUGCCUGAUUAUUCUCGUGUCAUUGAUGAUGGGAUUUACAGAGCUAUUGACAUAUAUAUAAAGGCCCAUCCAAUGCUGAGUGAGCAGGAGCGUAAGAAGCUCUGCAAGUUAAUUGACUGCGAAAAGCUCUCUCAAGAAGCCUCCAAUCACGCUGCACAGAAUGAUAGGCUUCCAGUCCAGAUGGCUGUCAGAGUUCUCUAUUUUGAGCAACUUCGCUUGAAAAAUUCUCUUUCUGGAAGUUCUGGAGAUUUAUUUCUGUCACAAAAGAUCAGCAGUGGAGUACCUAGUGCAGCCAUGUCUCCUCGUGAUACCUAUUCAUCUUUGAGGAGGGAGAACCGAGAACUAAAACAGGAGAUUUCCAGGAUGCGAGUAAGGCUGAGUGAUCUGGAGAAGGAGCAGGUCUGCAUGAAACAAGGCAUGAUGGAUAAGUCCGGCAAUGGAAGAACUUUCUUAACGUCAUUAUCCAAAGGGAUUGGCAGGAUUGCUAUAUUUAGUGGCCCUCCAGGAGGAAAACAAAAGAAGUCUGCAAGGAAGUCCAAAGUAACAGAUGGAAAAACACGCAGAAGUAAGAGGUAUUCUCUUUCUUAGUCUGUCAUUCAAACUACGACAUUCAAUUUAUGAGAAGAAAUCCAUCCAGUGUAAAUGAUUCAAUCUAUUGCUGCUUAAUGCAAUUCAAUUAUAUGUUUGGAUAGCU